UUUGCCUCCGGAUCCAGAUCAACCCCCAGAACAAGGGCGAGUUCCAGGGCAUUUCCCCCGAGCGGGCCUUCGCUGAUUUCCUCUUUGCCAACACCAUUCUGCAUCUCGUCGUCAUCAAUUUCGUUGGCUGAGCUGUGGGAGAGCCUGACAGGUAUUGAAGUGCUCCUGAUGGCAAAGCCUGGCGUGGGGAAGUGCCCAGCACACUCUCACCUUCUUCUUUGAUGGAAGAAGAGAUGCAGGGUUCAAGAUUUCCCCCCCUCAGAGUGUCCUUUGGAGGGGUCUGCAGCCUCAUUGUGUAACUCUGAUCCUUUCCAUCAAUAAAACUCUUUAUGACACUGCA